AUGUCGCUGAAUGUCCUCAUCGUUGGUGCAGGUGUGUGCGGUCCAGCAUUUGCAAUGCUUCUUCAAAGAUCCAAUCCCAAACAUAAGAUCACGAUUUUGGAACGUUCACCAACUCUUCGAAUGGGGGGCCAACAGAUCGAUCUUAAAAACCAAGCCCCGCAUAUACUACGACAAAUGGGUCUUUUGGAUGUGAUCAAGUCCAGAUGCGUUGACGAGACUGGCCUCGAAAUGGUUGACUCCAACGAUAAGACGAUCGCUCGAUUCGGGGUUGCUCCAGCUGGUCAACGGCGUCUGACCUUGACAAGCGAGCAUGAAAUCAUGCGUGGAGAUAUGGUUCAGGUGUUAUACGACGCUAGCAUCAAGCAAAAUCAAGAUUCGAAAGCCAACUCAGAGGAUCCAGACGCUGGGUUGAGAUACGUAUUCGGCCAAACCAUCGUAGCUCUUGAUCAGCGCGAAAAUGAUGAUGUGGACGUUACAUUUUCAAACGGGGAAACAAAGCGGUAUGAUCUGGUUGUCGGUGCAGAUGGACAAUGGUCGCAUACUAGAAGCCUUGCAUUUGGAAAGGAAACCAGCAGAACAGCCUUUAAGUCAUUGGGGAUCCACGCAGCAUACUUUAGCCUACCCAAAACCGAGAACGAAGCAACUCUUGCGAAGGGACAUCUUGCUCCAGGGCGCAGAAUGGUCUUCACCAGAACUAGCGGUCGUCCGGUCACUGGUGCAUUGCUGUUUACCAUGCAAAACUCCGCAAAAUUAUCGAGUUGUUACAGAGAGUCUACAGAGAAACAAAAGGAGGCCUUUGCUGAGGCGUUCCGGGACAUCGACUGGCAAGCAGAGAGAUUCAUAAGUGGAUUGAAAUCAUCCUCCGAUUUCUACGCCCAUGAGCUCGGUCAGAUCAAAAUGGAAGAAUUGUCAUCCGGUCGUGUGGUGCUCCUCGGAGACUCGGGCUAUUGCCCUAGCCCAUUCACAGGGCUGGGAACAAAUCUUUGCCUUGUAGGCUCAUACAUACUUGCUGGAGAAUUGGCGAGACAUGGAAGUAGCAAUAUUUCCGAGGCACUUCACUCCUAUGGUGAUAAAAUGCGACCAUUUAUCGACGAGUGCCAAAGUAUCUCACCUAGGACUUUGGGUUUGUUCUUUCCCUCCUCACGUCUUGGGAUAUGGGUGAUGCACUCUCUGGCUUGGGCUAUUUCAAGUUUGAGCCAGAGAUUUUGGCAAAGACAAGAGGAUCUUACGGAUCAUCAUGCAGAACGGCUGCCGAAGUAUCCCGAAUUGAAUUUACCAUUUCAAUCUCAAUUCUAA